GUUAUAUUAGCUAUUUCUGAGAAUCCUAAAACAACAAACAUUUUUUAUCUAUCAGUUUCUGCCUGUCAGGACUCCAGGUGUGAUUUAGCUGUUUUCCAGCGCCUCAGUGUUUAUGUGAAGUUGCAGACGGUCAGCAGGGGCUGAGAGGUCAUCUGGAGGCUUGACCAGGCAGGGGUGUCCCUCAGGAUUCACUUCAUUGUGGGUUAUUGCAGAGGGCUCAGCCCCCUCUGGCUGUUGGCCAGGGACUCCCUCAGUUUUUUGUCCCGUGGGCCUUUCCCUUGGGGAGCUGAGAUGUUGUUCUGGCUCCCCUUGGGAGAGAAAGAGCAUGUACAAGAGAGAAGUCCCAUUCUUUAUUUGUAGCUUGAUCUCUUUUUGCCAUAUUCUCUUAGUUAAAAGUAAAUCACGAGGUCCAGCCCACUCAAGGGGAGAAGGUUACACAAUGGUGUGCAUAUCAGGAGGUAAGGGUCUUUGGAGGUCAUAUGAGGGGCUGCCUACCACAGAUUUGUUGUAUAUUUGAUAAAAUUUAGCCAUCUUAAGGUUUUUAUAUUUUCUGUAAGAAAAGCUUUAUUUUGUGGUCAUUAAUACACUUUAAAAGGUUUACUUUUUCAUAAUUUGUUCUUAAUACAUUCAAGACUUUACUGUCUAAUAUAGUAGCCACCAGCCAGCCACAUGUCACUAUUUAAAUUAAAAUUAAUUAAAAUUACAUAGUUAAAAUUCAGUUUCUUAGUGCCACUAGCUAUGUUUGUAUGUGUAGCAAAUGUUUAAUGACCACCUGUGACUCAUGCCUGCACUGUUGGGCAACACUGAUACAAAACCUUUCUGUCAUCACUGAGUUCUGUUGGUGGUGCUGAUCUGCAGCCGUCUUCCAGGGCCGAUUUUGUCUCCCGGAGGACACUUGGCAAUAUUGGAGAUAAUUUUCACUUUCACAACUGGAGGAAUGGUUAUUCUCUUGGUAUCUGGAGGCCUAAAAAUACUGUUAAAGACCCCAUAAUACACAGGGCAGUCCUCACACCAAGACUCAUUGAGCCCAAAAUGCCAGUAACCUGCUGAUGGGAACCCUGCCCUGGAGGGUCUGUGUGAGAGGGGGUGUUGUUUUUCCCUCUGACCAGCCAGUCCGCUAGAUGCCGGUUCCCGUGUGCUCAGUCCACUUCCCUCUGAAGCUAGAAAUGCUUUUCCUUUAAUGGUAGAGAAAGUCCUGUUAGCCUUGCUAAUUAAGGUUCAGUUUUUUUAAAUGAGUUUCUGUUUUUCUUACAGAUUGUUAGACUCUGCACGUAAUGACAGCCCCAUGUCCCAAUUUCAUCAUGGCUUCAACUUCAAGUGGCCCUACCUCCGGGAAAGGUGCCGGCUUAAAGCCGAAGUCCACCAGGCUGCUCGAGGUUCUCAAUGCACUGGAGGAAGGGGGGUCUCCCCACAGGGAAGAGAUCUUCAUUGCACCACCUGACAGUGCCGCAGGGGAUUUCACCGAUGAGGACUCGGGAGACGAUGACGACCGGCGAGGCGCCCGCCUGCCUGGCAGUGUGCUGCAUGCUGCCGUAGUGCCGGAGGACUCUGGCUCUGGCGAGGAGGGGCACCUGUGGCCAUGGACAGCUGCCAGGCAACAGCGGGCCCCCGUGGCACCUCAGCGCCAUUGGGCCAAAAGAGAUAUCCGGCCAGACUUCAGCAGCUGGACAGCCUCGGAUCCUCACAUGGAGGAUCUCAAAAGCCAGGAACUGAGUCCUGUGGGCCUUUUUGAGUUGUUCUUUGAUGAGGGAACGAUUAACUUCAUUGUUAAUGAAACCAAUCGUUACGCUUGGCAGAAGAGUGUCAACUUGGGUCUCACGGCCCAGGAACUAAAGUGUGUUUUGGGCAUUUUGAUUUUAAGUGGGUAUAUAUCCUAUACAAGGAGAAGGAUGUUUUGGGAAACGUCUCCUGAUUCACAUCAUCAUCUUGUGGCAGAUGCAAUUAGAAGGGACAGGUUUGAACUCAUCUUUUCAUAUCUGCACUUUGCAGAUAACAGUGAGCUGGAUGAAAGCGAUAGGUUUGCCAAGGUCCGGCCUCUCAUCGUCCAGAUGAAUCGCAGCUUCCAGAAGCACGCGCCUCUGGAGGAGUUCUACAGCUUCGGGGCGUCCACGUGCGAGUAUUUUGGGCACCGGGGGUCCAAGCGGCUGGCCGCAGGGAAGGCUGUGCGCCUGGGCUACGAGGUCUGGUGUGGGACCACCAGCUGGGGCUACUUGGUGUGGUUCGAGCCCACACAGGGCACGCGGUUCACCAGGCCAGACAGGGACCUGGACCUUGCAGGCAGCAUGGUGGUGCGGUUUGUGGAUGCGCUUCAGGAGCGUGGCCAUCUGCCGUACCACAUAUUUUUUGACAAGGUUUUUACAAGUGUCAAACUGAUGUCCAUUUUGAAGAAAAAGGGGGUAAAGGCCACAGGAACUGUUCGCGAGUACAGGACUGAGCGCUGUCCCCUCAAAGAUCCCAAAGAACUCAAGAAAAUGAAGAGGGGUUCCUUUGAUUACAGAGUGGACGAGAGCGAGGAGAUCAUCGUGUGCCGCUGGCAUGACAGCAGCGUGGUCGACAUCUGCUCCAAUGCCGUGGGCAUUGAGCCGCUGGUGCCAGGCAGCCACCAGGCGGGGACAGCCAAAACGCGUGCCCGCGUCCAGCGGCCAUCGCUGGUGAGGCUGUUCCAGGAGAAGGCGGGCGGCGUCAGCCGCAUGGACCAGAAUAUUGCCAAGUACAAGGUGAAGAUCCGCGGCAUUAAACGGUACUCGAGCUUCAUCGGCUAUGUCAUCGAUGCCGCCCUCAGUAACGCGUGGCAGCUGCACGGGAUCUGCUGUGCUGACGCCCGGGUGGACCUGCUGGCCUUCCGCAGGUACAUGGCCUGUGUGUACCUGGAGAGCAAUGCGGACACCUCGUCACUGGGGAGGCAUGGCCGGCGGCUAGAGACUGAGAGCCGCUUCGACAUGAUUGGGCACUGGAUCGUCCACCAGGACAAGCGGACCCGCUGCGCCCUCUGCCACUCGCAGACCAACACCCGCUGCGAGAAGUGCCAGAAGGGAGUGCAUGCCAAGUGCUUCCGGGAGUACCACACCCGCUGAGCAGUGGUGGGUGAGCGCAGAUGCCUGGUGACAGGGACGUGUUUACAACGGGCUCGGCACUUGGAGCACAUGUGGUUUUGUGUGUGUUGGAAAAAAGACCUCAAUCCUUAGUGAUUUGGUUGUGUGUUUUCUCCCUACCUGCAUUGUAAUUAACUUUUUUGUCUAUAAUUACCUAUGCCUACGUGUAAUAUAAAUUAAUGUUUUUAUUAGUGAUCAUAAGUGUUUGUAAAUUACAUUUUAUACUGUUAUUUAUUUAAACUCAUGGACCCCUUUUUCUUCAAAUAAAAAUCUUGCUGUGGUUUAUA